UUGUGGUUAAUUCGCCAUUGUAUUGACCGCUCUGUGUUGAGUCUGAUGCCUUCUUCUGUUGCUACGUUUUAACGGAUAUCAUUCUUGACUGUGUAAUAGAUUACAACUCAUAUUUCAUCGAUAAGCCUAACUUUGAGCUCUCAAUAUGUGGCAAAUGAAGUGUGUGUUUUGGCACGCUAUCCGUUAUGGUACACUUUAUACUGUCAUCGCUGUACUAAGCGUGCUCUUAUAUUCCUGCCGGGAAAAAAGCAACCCAACUCUACCGAAGGUUCUACCUAGACUGUCCUAUCCGCCUAAGGCGACAGCCAUUGGAACGUCCUACGCAGUUGUCCGAUGGUAUGAACAACAUUCCGGCGAUGGGCCCAUAUGUGCCUAUGCAAUCGAUAGGAGGAGACUCGAUAAAAAUAACCCAUCGUGGCUAACGGCUGUCUUUGUUUCUGAGCAAUCAGGAUCCCAGUCCAGAGAAGAGCUUGUAUUCAACAUGACUGGCCUGGAAUCCGAUACAGGCUAUCAGGUCUCAGUGAGACCUAUCCUUUGCGAUGGCGCAAGGGUAUCUGAACUUGGCGAGGGGCCGACCCUUUCUCUUACAACGCUCUCAAUUGUUCUGCCCACCUUGAUGGAAGCUCCUCAAAGUACAAACCUGUCCUCUACACACGUGUCCAUCCGGUGGACAAAUCAACAUCAGGGAGACGGGCCAAUCUGUGGUUACGGAAUCAACAUCAAGAAAAACGACGACAAAGACCGUGAUGAUGAUGACAGCGAUCCAUGGCGCAGCGUCGGGUACGUGUCGGUGGAGAGUGAGCUACUGUAUGAUGUUGGUCAUCUAGAGGCGAAUACCACGUACCAAGUCGCAGUUUCUCCAAUCAACUGCAUAUCUGCUCGGGAAAGUCCACGGGAACCAAUACUGCAGUUCACCACCAAGCCUGUGACAAUUCCUGUAGUCGUUCUACCUAGAUUGUCCCAUCCGCCUAACGUGAAAUCUAUCGGAACGUCCUACGCAGUCGUCCAGUGGCAGGAGCAACAUACCGGCGAUGGGCCCAUAUGUGCCUAUGCAAUUGAUAGGAGGAGCCUCGGCGAAGAUGUCCCAUCGUGGUUGUCGGUUGGUUUUGUGUCUGAGCAAUCAGGAUCACUGUCCAAGGAAGAGCUUGUAUUCAACAUAACUGGCCUGGAACCCGAAACGGACUACCAGGUAUCAGUGAGACCUAUCCUUUGCGAUGGGGCACGGGCAUCUAAACUUGGCGAGGGACCGAUACUUUAUCUAACAACGCCCUCCAUUGAAGUAGUGACCACAGAACCAUUGAUCACCGAACCUCAGAAGACAGAGCCAAAACGUGUUCCAAUAUCAGAAGCAUCGUUCUGCACGAAGCCUAAAUGUACCGUCGUAGUAAUAUUGCUUAUUUUGGGGUACUAUCUCACCAUGAGGGAGGAAUAGUGCGAAGGACCUAUAUACAUCCACCUUGUCUACGCAUUCCUCUAACCUAUGGACAGCAUCGUCACCAAGCAAUGUGUUUGCUAUUGUAAAUGAUAAGGCCUAUUACAAAAGAUGUUGUGUUGCCCUUUAGAUGCCCCAAAAUGGGUCGGUCGGUCGAAUAAAAAAAAAAAAUCUUAUCCUUCCCCCCCCCUCUUUUGUCUGAUAUUUCUCAGUUUUGAAUGCUUUGAUAUAUUUUUCACUAAAAAACUUAAACCUUUUUCAAAAAGCCGACCGUAGAUUUCAAGAUUUUGGGGUCGGUCGCAAAGGGCAAUAUAACAUCUUUUUUUGUUAAAGUACGAAGUACGUACGUAGCAAUAGGACAAAAGAAUCCAACAGAUGGAACUGAGAUAUUUUCGACGAAUUCCAGAUAGUGCUUUGUGACUUAUACACGGGUUGCUACAGCUUCUAAAUUUGUCAUAUUUUGUUUAUACAUGUAUCAUCUAAGAAAAGAACCCUCGAAUGCUACUGAAACUACCAUACCAUACUACCAUCUCUGCGUCAUUACUAAGUUCGUAAAUUAUAGUUAAGGGAUCAAAGAUCAUUUGUUGUGCUGGUCACUGUAUAAAAUCACACGUUUUAGCUUCAUUAAAAGAUAUUCCAAGAAUUACUUGUGCUAUUAACUUUUAACUUGGUAGUCAGUAUCAUCAUACAAGAUCAUCAAGAUCAUUUGUUGUGCUGGUCACUGUAUAAAAUCACACGUUUUUGCUUCAUUAAAAGAUAUUCCAAGAAUAACUUUUGCUAUUAACUUUUAACUUGGUAGUAAGUAUCAUCAUACAAUUUGAUGGUAAUUAGGUCAAGGGACAACGGUCAUAGAGAGAUAAACGUGUGAAUUCCAGCUGUUAUCGGAUAAAUGUCACAAAGGCAAAGGUCAACCGGUAAAAAGAAGUUUAUAGUCUUGUGCAUUAAUAAUGACCCCCCCCCCCAGCUCAGAAUUAUUUAGGGUACGCAUA